UGGACCCACCAUAUUCGGGUGGAUAGCGAGGUUUGGGGUGCCCGCUUGUUUUGUGCUGUUUCCAAAUUACAAAGACCGUAAACGCUUUUUCAAGACAUGUGGUGCUAGAGUGCUUCUGUUGCGAAGAAUCUUCACCCAUUGUAUACAUUGGAUCUCCAAGAGGCUUCUCAUUCCAUUAUGUUUGAGCGAUCUUGUGCGUGAAAAGACGUUAUGGCAGGGCUACACAGAAAACAACGUGGUUUACGGUGGAUGAUGUUCGCUAUUUGCUUCGUCGUCGUUCUACACAUCGUGAACGUCAAAGGUGACGACUUUAAGCAGUUUUAUUUUACUCAAGAACCAGUGGACACUGUCGCAGUCAAAGACUCUCCAGCCAUACUCAACUGUUCCGCGGUAGGAGUUCCAAAACCGAACAUAGAAUGGAAGAAGGAUGGGAGCAAGUUACAGCUGGAACUAGACUCCAGGAGGACCAUCCUGGGAAAUGGGUCCCUCUACUUCCGCAAUAUUCAUCAUACACGAACUGAACGACCGGACGAGGGCAUCUACCAAUGUUUAGCGACAAUUCCUAACCUGGGAACCCUUGUGAGCCGAUCAGCCAAGCUACAAGUUGCAGCACUACCUAGGUUCGACGAGCAGCCAACGGACGUGCAUCUGUUCCCGGGCCAAACUGCUUAUUUCCCCUGUUCCGCCUUCGCGAUUCCCCCAGCUUCUGUCUCGUGGCUCAAGGACCAGCAACCGUUGCAAAUUGACCCAUCACGUAUGCUCGUAUUGCCGAGCGGGUCGCUCGAAAUUGACGCCGUCCAGACGACAGAUCAAGGAUCUUACCAGUGCAGCGCAACCAACGUGGAGAAGGACCGAAUCAGCGUAGCUGGACUGCUUUCUGUCAGUUUGUCGUACGACGAUGCCAAUAAAAUAUCUGCCCCGAUGUUCGUGGCUGCUCCAAAGAGUACCACAGCAAUCAAAGGAAGCAAUUUAACGCUCGACUGUGCCGCCAAUGGAAACCCACGACCUUCGCUGACAUGGCUCAAAGAUGGCGUUACCAUUGACAUGUCACUACUGGACAGUCGCUUCAGGAAAAUCGGAGUAGGUAGUUUACAAAUAGAGAAUGUUGAAGAGUCAGACGAAGGGACUUACAUGUGUAGAGCUGAGAACCACGAGGAUUCCGUAGAUGCUAGCGCCACGGUAGAAGUUCAAGUUCCACCAAGAUUCAAGAGGAAGCCUAAAAGCAGAACAGCAUAUGGAAAGGAAGAUAUUGAAUUUGAAUGCGAAGUUUACGGAAAGCCGGAGCCAUCUGUGCAAUGGUUUCGGAAUGGGGAGGCCAUCAUUCAGAGUGAAUACUUCCAGAUCGUCAACGGAAACAACCUUAAAAUCCUCGGAUUGGUCGAAUCUGACAAGGGCAUAUAUCAAUGCGUGGCCGGCAACCCCGCUGGGAACAUUCAAGCUGCUGCACAGCUCACUGUGUUCGAUCCAGACUCUGCCCUCCCCACCACCCGUGCUGUUUUCACUACCCCGUUACUGGAACACAUAGGUCAACUGCCAACAAGCAAGGAUGUCCCAUCAGCGCCUCAGAACGUUGUGGCACGGUUAGUGUCCACUCGCUUCGCUACGCUUUCCUGGAAGGCACCCGAACACGUGAAUGGGAACAUCCUGGCGUACUCGGUCUACUACAGGGAAGACGGGUCGAGCCGAGAACGUGUCUCAAAUACAACGAGGCAAAGUUUGGAAGAAAUAAUUAUACAGGGGCUCAGGCCAGCGACGAGGUAUUUCUUCAGAGUCGUUGCGUACAACGAACAUGGUGCUGGUGAAAGCUCGCACGAAGUUGAAGUGGAGACGAAUCCUGAAGUGAGCAUUCCAGGACCGCCACAAAGCCUAAGGGCGGCUCCCGUGUCUCCCACUUCUAUCCGUGUAUACUGGGAGGCGCCCGACAGUCGAAAAGGUGCAGUGCAGUACUACCAACUUUCCUACCAAGAAGCUGGUACAACGGAAGAGGAAGAAAAGAGGGUAACCACGACCGACACGUGGUACCAUCUGAAGAACCUCAAAAAGUACACAGAAUAUAACAUUUGGAUAACGGCCGUCAACCAGAAUGGGUCAGGAAUCAGUUCGGAGGAAACAACAGCACACACGUACUCGGACAUUCCAUCGGACGUGCCACAAGAUGUUACAUUAGAAGCAGCUAGUUCAACGAGCAUAAUUAUACGUUGGGAGCCUCCACCACGAGAGGCGCAGAACGGAAUUAUAACCGGCUAUAAAAUACGGUACAAACUGAAAGGAAGUCGCAGGGGAGAUACCAUAACGACAGAUGGGAACAGGAGGCUCUACGCUCUAUCUGGUUUGGAGAAAGGAGCCGAGUACAGCGUUAAGAUUGCAGCACUCACUGUAAACGGAACGGGACCUGCAACUGACUGGAAAACUGUGGAGACGUACCAGAGUGACUUAGACGAAUCCAGAGUUCCAGAUAAGCCAAGCGUCCUUCGUGCCAAACCAACGUCCACCAGCAUCUUUGUCAGUUGGGCACCUCCUGAAAACAAAACCAUUAUGAUUCGUGGCUACACCAUCGGCUGGGGAAUCGGGCUCCCCGACGUCUACACAAAGGUCCUGAACGGAAAGCAGCGAUAUUACACGAUAGAAAGCCUACAACCAUCGAAUGAAUAUGUAAUUAGCCUUAGAGCAUUCAACCAAAUUGGCGACGGGCAGCCCAUUUACGAAACAGUAAAGACACAUGUGGAAACAACACCUGAGCCAUUACUCCCAAUGCUUCCUCCUGUGGGCCUCAAAGCCAUUGUGCUCUCUCCAACAACUGUGGUGCUCUUCUGGACAGACAGUACUAUUCCAAGUAACCAAGUUAUCACUGACAAUCGAUUUUACACUGUUCGCUACAAGAGCUACGGUUUCCCCAAGUACAAAUACUUCAACUCGACGAAUCUCAAUUGUAUGAUUGACGACCUCAAGCCCAAUACGCAAUAUGAGUUUGCGGUAAAAGUAGUCAAGGGCCGACGAGAGAGCACCUACAGCAUGGAUGUUCUCAAUACGACUCAGGAAACUGAGCCAUCAUCUCCACCGCGUGAGCUGGUAGUAUCUCCCACUGGUGACUCUCCAACUGUUGUCACUCUUCACUGGCAAGCCCCCAAGCAGCCCAAUGGAGCAAUAACUGGCUAUCUUGUCUACUACACAACGGACAACAGCAGGAAAGACAGAGACUGGGAUGUGGAAGGCGUCCUUGGCGACCGAUCAUCCACUGUCAUUAAGGGCUUGUCAGCAGAUUCACGUUAUUAUUUCAAGAUACAGGCGAGGAACAGUAAAGGAUAUGGACCACUGUCGCACGAGGUCACAUACAAUACUGGGAAAGGCGUAGCAUAUAUUCCUGGGCCUACAAAUGAAGGAGGGAGCUUUUCAAGCGGCUUUCUUUAUGUCGCCAUUGGAGCAGGAUUCUCAGUAAUAUUGCUCAUACUGGUUAUCAUCUGUUAUAUGAUGUGCCGCCGACGUCAAGGCUAUAUCGGUCCAGUCAAUUCCAAAGGGUACACUGCCGCUAAGGGAGGCACCAAAGUGAAAGGAGUUGCCAAGGAUUUGAAGCCACCUGACCUAUGGAUUCACCAUGAUCAGAUGGAGCUAAAAGCUAUCGACAAAGGAAGCAACCCAGAGGCUGCCAUGACAGUGACACCCAUAUCACGAAGCUCCCAGGAGUUGCCAGAUGAUCAUGUGAUUGGAACGCUAGAAAAGAAGAAAAACACUGGGGGUUAUAUGGACCAAGCUAGCAGCGAUGACAGUUGCAGGACCGAUAGACCUUUGUUACCAAAGUCAUCUCGCGCGAAGCCAAUGAUGUUGCCUCUCGAUUCAAGGAAAUCUAUUCCUGACACGUGUGCAGUGUCCAUGGGACCAGCCACCUCAAUGCCAAAUGGUGGAAUGAACAGCCUCGAAGGAGGUCCAGUCAACAUAGGACGGCCGAUAUAUCCGAGGACACAGUACAAUAUACCACGAGCUCAUGUGACAGUCGACGCUUUACAUGCGGAGUCGGCAGGCCCGAGCCCUCACAAGCCAUCCAACAUGGUGAACGUGACGUACGAGCCUGUGCACAGCCAACCUCCGCCGCUGCACGGCCCUGUUGGCACCGGACAGGUGCCUACGUACAGCAACGCAAUGGUGGGCCCCUGCAGUGGCCCUUCUCAGCCCUCUGGAGGAGGGGUGCCCCCGGAAUCUGGGACCCUUACUAAGCGGGUUCACACGGGAAACCCCCUCAAGAGUUUCAGUGUCCCCGCGCCGCCACCACAGAGCGCUCCAUCUACGCCUCAGCCCAAGCACAUUGUGGUCAGAACCCAACAAGGCUCCAGCCCCCAUAAAAAGGCAACGAGCUCGACAUCAACCUCAACGUCGAGCUCAGCCACGGGCCACAGUGCGAAACAGAGUCCAGGCAGACAGUCUGCGAUGAAGAAUAGAGCUGUGGUGUCUCCGCGGAACACCACCAAAGACACAAGCCAGAAGAAAGAGGAGGACUUGGCAUCCCCAUUCAGCAAUGAAGAGCUUAAUCAAGAGAUGGCUAACCUCGAGGGACUCAUGAAGGACCUGAACGCAAUAAGGGCGUCUGAAUUUGAAUGCUGAACAAGUCACCAAUAGGACAUGUGUGUAGUGACAAUGCCGUUCUUUACUAAAUGUGAAACACUGUGCGCCAAGUGCCGCGCGUGCUCACUGGACGGCGAAGAAAACUGCCAGCUUCCAUACACCACUGAGACUUCUCAAGGAAAGGACCAUGGUGUUUCAUGAGAACUUCUCUGUACAUAGUGUUUGCUAAUACAUCAAUUAUGUAAUAUUUUUUAUCUGAAGUGAGCAACAGCUAUCAUA